UUCUGCAUUUGCCGUAUAAAACUAAGUGCGCAACAACUUGCGCCGAUUUAAUCAAGAUUAAAAAUUAAUUUUAAUCAGUGCACUAAGUGCCAGUGAAGUGACAGACACUAAUCAAACAAAAUGAAGAACGCGUUUCUAUUCACCAUUUUGCUGUUUGGAAUCGUUAAGUCAAGUGAUAUUGAUAAUGAGACCAGACCAUCAGAAGAAUCUCUAAAACGCGAACUGAGCUACAAGUGCGCAGCGCGGGAGACGUCAUCAUGUAUCGCGUACGAGCUGGUGGGAUACGUGGACAGAAUGCUUCGGACGGCGGCCGUGCAGCUCAGCGAUGAUGUCAUGCUGGUUGAUGAGAGCAACGGAGCAGCAGCUGAGAUCGAAGUGAAGCCUGAAACUUUAGCGCGAGCGGGCACUACACUCGAAGACCAAGCUCAAUCAGUUAUCACGAAUAAACUGUGGCACUUCGCCACCACCAGGUCACUGAGGUACAGGCUCUUCGACAACGCCGACCUGGUCAUCGCUGGUAAGGAGGACAGCGAUGGAAGCCUUGGAGUUGGUGUUUCACUGAAAGCACCCAAAGCAAUCGAGACCGGUAGGGGCAGGAACAAGAACUUCGGCCCGUUCCUGGCUGCAGCAGCCCUCAAGUUCGGUCUCCUCGGAGCUCUUACCUUCAAAGGCCUCACUUUGAUGGUUGGAAAGGCCCUCCUCAUUUCCAAGAUUGCUCUCCUCCUCGCCACGAUUAUUGGAUUGAAGAAACUGUUCUCGCAUCAGGGCAACAGCGGCGCAUAAAAGGCUGAAGUUUUAAUAGGAAAUGAGAUGGAGUUUAACCCGGCUUAAACCCUAGUUAAUUUAACCUGUUACCCACCAAAACUAAUCAGGCUUUUCAAUGGUUAAAAAAUAGUAACGUGGAAAUGGAUUUUUGAAAUGGUCGAAUGAAACGGAUUUAAGAAGUAGUCAAAGAUUUAAAUGUAAUUUUUAUCACUUUUUAACAAAAAAAGUAAAUUGUUACCUUGAUGGUAUGUUUAAUUUGUAAAUUCGUUGUAUAAGGUAAAUACUAUGAUUGUUACUAUGACAACAUUAAAUAAUUAUUAAUACCUUAUACAAUUGGUAUAGAUAUUUUUUUUCGAAAAAGUGAUAAAGUUACAAAACAAGUCAACAAGAUACCAAAGCAAAGGAAAAAAAAACAUUAAAAAUAUUAAAAAAAAAAUGUUCUAGCUUCUUUAUUAAAUUUCAUUAAUUAGGUACAUAUUUAAUGUAAAUAGCACUAAUUUGUUUGUUGUUUUUGUACUAACUUGUACAAUAUAGCUGGUUUCGCAUUUAUACAAAUAACUUAGCCUUAUUAUAAUUUAAUAAUUUAUUAAUGUACUAACGCGUAUUUAUUACGGAUUAAAUGAAAUUAUGAUUAUA